UCAGGCCAGAGGCUUAGCUGCUGCAAUUUUGCUUCCACGGUGGGCGUGUGGUCCGAUACCAUCUAGGAACAAUUUUCGACUGAAUUCUGACAACGUUACGAUUCAAACUUGUGAACUUUGACAACCGCCGACCUUGACUAUAUUAUGGACAGGCAUACGCUAUCUUGUGGCAGCAGCCUCUUGAGCCGUCGUUCACUGCAGACCAGCUGCGCUGCGGCCAGUCGGCAAUGUCUCUCAGUAGGACCUCGGCAGCUACGCGCUUCUCGCGCACCGGUUCCACAGCAUCUUCAACCAAGCGAGGUUGAUGUCCCUCGGGCUUACGUGCAAUCUGGAGGGGCAAUUGUCCGACCACCAAAGCCGACUGGAAAUGCGGUCAGCGACCUCAUUCACAAGCUCAAACUUUGCUUCAACAUCUUCUUCCCAGCAAAGCCUAAGGAUGUUACUCCCAAGGAAGAGGUCAAGCGGCGGCUAAAGAUGGUUCUGGUUGCUGACCGGUGUGGUAUGAGCCCCGGCUCGCUAGGCGAGCUCAAAAAGACGAUUGCGAAGGCCUUGCAAGACUUCGUGGACAUCGAGUCGGAGGAGGCGAUCGAGGUGCAAAUUAGCGACGACCCUGGCUUGGGCACGGUAUACUGCGUGGCUAUCCCCGUGCGCCGCGUUAAGGCGGAGACCCGGUUUGCCGCGGACGGGAUGCUGGAGGAUGGCCCUGACGGCGUCAUGCUGGAGUGGGACCCCACCGACCUGCACUCCGACCCAUCCAGCCGCUUCCCCAUGGGCUGCUGAGAGGUGCCCUUGCUCGCGGAUUUGGAGGUCCGAGGCGCCCGUUGCAGUGCCCUGGCCUACUAGCAUGCACGUACAGAGGGCCAUAUGGGCCUGCCAUGUGUUGUAGACCUGGGCGCCGGCGUGAGCGGCCUCAGCGCAACAGCUGCCUGUAAGCAUAUAACUUAAAGGAGAGCUCAUACAAAGACUUUGGGGCCUGGUUUGUGGUUGUGUGAGGUGCAAGGGUUUACUUGAAUUGACCCGGACCUACAUGCUGUUCAUGGUUGGCCAAACUGCUAUUCCUUAUCAAUGCGACCUGGGGGGACACGAAAGACGUUAGGUGCGAUCCAUGACAGACGCAUUUGUUUCCACUUGAGGGUGCGGUAUUGGGGCGUACAAAAGGCUGCCUGUAGGCAUUAACAGCCCGAGGGUCUCGCCCCAUGGGUGAUCCGGCGCGUGGGUGUUUUUAGACCUUGUACCUCCUAUCUAUGUUUGACGAGGUUGUAGCCAGAGCUUCCCUCUUUUUCGUAAGAUUGUCUUUGCUGUUGUCCUGUCCCUCGGCCUAUUGCACUAUAGGGUGACCGUUUUCAGGGAGCAUGUCUGGCGGGGGUCUUGUCGGGAUUGCACGUGCUUGCAUUAUGCACUACGCAUUCGCUUGAACCAUGGUUCAAUUGUUGUUCUGGGGUUAGGCAGUCGCGCGGCUGGCUUGGUGCCAGCAGGGGUGAGAGUAUUGACAUGCAUGCGCUUCCGGAGGGUAGCGUAGGUGCGUGGUGGCCGUCAGGGUGGCCGUUGUACAUUAUUGCUUCUCGCUCAUGUUGCCAGGGGCGCAUGGCCCGUUAAAAUGUUAGCCAGCUCCAUGUAGCGUACACUUAUAAUCAUUCCUAUAGCACACUGCACAAAGCCUGUGCAUAGCGCGACUCGCAUACCGGCUGAAUUCCACAUGAACCAGCUUUUUGCCCAGUGUACUGGCUCGCUGCCCGACGAAAUGCAAUAAUAGUGUAAAGUCUAACCUUACGCUAAAUGACUUGCCACGAAAUCGUUUACGCAACGCUGUCCGUUUAAACUAUCAGCUGGAUGCAGAGCCUUAACGAACAUGCCCAGCAGAUCAGCUCCGCAAUACAGCUUCACGUUCGCCUUUCUGCUGAGGGCGAUGCUGUUCUGCGAGCAUUGCAGGAUAAGCUGGUAGCGCUUAAUCGGAAGCUGGUGCCCAUCCAUACGCGCGCCACAGCUUUGACUUUGGCUGAAAACAAUAUUACGAGGACCAAAGCAGCAACUAAUGAACUGUUGCAGCAAAUUGAUGCAUCUCGCAAGGU